AUGGGUGCAUAUCCCUGCGAGAGUCGUCUAAGUAAAGAGCAUAGUUUACAAUUUUCAAAAGCUCAAAUAUCAAAACCUGCGCCACCAUUUGAAGGCUCAACUGUAAUUAAUGGAGAAUUUAAAGAAGUCAAGUUGUCUGAUUUCAAAAAUAAAUAUUUGGUGUUGUUAUUUUAUCCAUUAGAUUUCACAUUUGUAUGUCCGACAGAAAUAAUUGCAUUUUCAGAUAGAAUUGAUGAAUUUAAAGACAUCGAUACAGAAGUUGUUGCCAUUUCUGUCGACUCACAAUUUACUCACCUUGCGUGGAUAAACACUCCCCGAUCGCAAGGUGGUCUUGGCAAAAUAAAAAUACCAUUAUUGUCAGAUUUAACACAUCAAAUUGCAAAAGACUAUGGGGUUUAUUUGCAAGAUGUUGGUCACUCAUUAAGAGGAUUAUUUAUAAUUGAUGGAAAAGGAAUUUUACGACAAAUAACGAUGAAUGAUUUACCAGUCGGAAGAAGCGUCGACGAAACUCUCAGACUAUUACAAGCAUUUCAAUACACAGAUAAACAUGGUGAAGUUUGUCCAGCAGGCUGGAAACCCGGAAGCGAUACGAUUACUCCUGAUCCUGAAGGAAAAUUGAAAUACUUUAAUAAGCAUGGUUUAUAA